AUGAUGAUGCUCCGCAGUCUUCCUCGGGCCCGGCUGCAGCAGUUGCUGAGCCAGCUGGAUGCGCGGCGCCUCUGGGGCACGUACUUGCAGCCGCUGCUGGUCGAGCGGAGCCCGGGCAGCCCCGGGAACCUGCGCGUCCGACAGUUCCUGGAAGGGGAGCUGCGGGCCCUGGGCGCCGGCUGGCACGUGGAGCUGGACAGCUUUUCCGCUCGCACCCCUCGCGGGGCCAUCCCUUUCUCCAACGUGGUGGCCACGCUGGCCCCCGAGGCCCCCCGCCGCCUGGUCUUGGCCUGCCACUUCGACUCCAAGUACUUCCCGCCGGGAGAAGGGCCCUUCCUGGGGGCCUCGGACUCGGCCGUGCCCUGCGCCCUGCUCCUGGAGCUGGCCCGGGCCCUGGACCCCGAGCUCCGCCGGGCCAAGGAGGAGGGGUCCCCCAUGACGCUCCAGCUGCUUUUCCUGGACGGGGAGGAGGCUCUCGAGGAGUGGAGUCCCACGGACUCCUUGUACGGCGCCCGGCACCUCGCCCGGCGAAUGGAGAAGACACCCCAUGGCCCUGGCACCUCCCAGCUGGAAGCCAUUGAACUGUUCGUGCUCCUGGAUCUGCUGGGCGCCCCUGCCCUCUCCAUCCACAGCCACUUCCCCCGCACGGCCUCCUGGUUCCAGCGGCUCGUUGGCAUCGAGAAGCGACUGCAUCGGCUCGGCCUCCUGGAAUCCCACUCCCGGGAGGAGUUGUACUUCCAGCAGGGAACUCCCUACGGCCCCGUGGACGAUGACCACGCGCCCUUCCUCCGCAGAGGGGUGCCGGUCCUGCACCUCAUCGCCACCCCCUUCCCCGCGGUCUGGCACACGCCCGCUGACACGGAGGAGAACUUGGAUCCACCCACCGUCCACAACCUCAGCCGCAUCCUCCUCGUCUUCCUGGCCGAAUGUCUGGGCCUUUAGCGGCGCCCGGCACCGGAGCGGGACAGUUCAAACUGGGGGCCAGGGCAGCCUCAGCCCUUCAAGAGGUCCCUGACUGCCACCGCCUCGACGCUCCUUGCCCCCAACGGAGGACCGGAACCAAGGGGCCGGCCCAGAGGGGUCGGGAUCGGGGUGGUGUCUGAGCCAUUGCCCUGUUUGACAAUAUAUUCCAUCGGUAGCGU